UAAACAGGGAUGGAUGAGGGUUGCGGUAUAUCAUAAGCUACAUCGCGGCGGAGUACCAUGGUGCUUGUAGGUCUGUGUGUCCUGGCGCUUCUGGCCCAUGGGGUUACGCCCCAGGCUCUCAAUCCCGAGGAAUUCUGUAGAGACGCCCCUCCCGUGCACAGAGGGAAACAUUUCGAGAUUGCUGUUAACCAAACUGACUAUUAUUACAACCGCGGAGUGGAAGUCACGGUUCGGCCACGCAACGGAGGGAUGUUCUCUCAAAUCUCCGACAUGUUUCUUCACGUGCCAGGAACAGACAAUCAUCCGGGCAACUACGGCACGAACUCGGUUGGCAGGUGGUUCGCCAUGCCUCCUGCUGCGCCUGCGUACUGCAACUGGUGGGUGGCUUCCGGUGUGAAGAGCACGAAUGGCCGAGAUCUCAAGGACAAUAUCACCGUGACUUGGAUAGCACCUCAACCUUCGAGCUACACCUAUCACAAUCAAUACUACGCCAACCCUUUGGAUAUAGAGAGACAAAGGCCUUAUAUAUACUUUGUGGUCUACGUAACGCCCGACCCCCCUGUCGACACCUUCGCCCCCGGUGCCGCCAGUCAGAGACGGUGGUUCUACGCGGCUUCUGUCCGGGUGGACAACAUGGAGAUAAAACAGCAACAAAGAACGCGUGCCGCCUAUAUGCAAAGCCUUCAACAAUGGAGCAGUUUCAUGGAAUCCUUUAACUAGGUCAGGCAUCGCCAUCCUGGCUAAAAUGGUUCAGUGGCACAACAGAGUUUAACGAUUGUUUAUGAUUGCACAUGGCCUGAAUUCACAAGACUUUUCAGAUUACUGUUUCCCACAAUUCUCCGAACUGCUUCCGGUAAACACGUCAUCAUUUUACCAAACGUUGUGAACUUAACCUACAGAAUGGGACCAGGAUUUCGUUACCAGGGAUGUAUCAUUGGACCAGACUCGUCUAUCAAGGCACAGCGGUGUAUAAACAUUAUAGUUGAAGUGUUGGAUUCAGCACGGACCAUCUUCUUCUACCAAGCGCAAAACUGGAACCUGCCAUGAAAAAGAUUAUUAUUAUUUCCUGAAAGUAAUUACACACAAAAAGACGUUUUGUCCAUUCGUCGAAGGUUGAUUAUUUUUUCUCACUUAAUCAUAAAAUUUUCAUAUAUGCUACAAUAUAUAAAUCUUACAAACUGUGAAAUAUAUAAAACGUAUGUAUAUUUUCGAAAAAACGAACCGGUUAUGUAGACCCUAUCCGAAGUUGUCCUCCCCCUUUUUCAUGCUCAUAUUAUUUCCCAUCUUUCCAUCUUCCUCACGUUUAAGUCCGCUCUCAGCAGUAUGUUGGUCGAGUCACGGCUUGACAGCUUAAUGUGAGAGGAAAGUCCAAAAUACUACAUGUAUUUGACAUUUUCCACUUUGGUGAAACCCACGAGCACGGGUACUAGGAUUGAGUGAUUUAGCGGGUUGGGUUUAACGCCGCACUAAACGUUAUUUCAGUUAAAUCACGGCGUGUCGGCUUAAUGUGGGAAGAAAACUGUAAAUACUGCAGGUCUUAGACGUCUACCACUUUGGUGAAACCCACGGGCAUUGAUGUGGUGUUGACAACCGAAGAACCAUUAUCAGAACGAAUCUGGGAAUCGAACCCACCAUCAUUCCAUUUGGUCGAUGAAAACUCGCAAAGUAUCUGAUAAAACAAAAGCAAACAAAUUAUUCCGUCAUUUUACAACCCAACAAUACCCCCGGGUACCCAUACAACAGCUGGGGAGGCAAGGAACGGUGGAGAGACAUGUCCUAAAGUACAGAACGUUUAUAUGCUUGCCAUGGUGACGGUGAAUGUUAUUGGCAAGGUUGUGGUUGAUGUUGUUGCCAAAGUGAAAGUUUGUAUUAUUAAACGCAUUUCCAAAACACUUCUCGGAGUCUUCUUUGCAGUGGCAGCUUGUAACUAAGGUAACACGACUCGACUAUAAACCAUCCUCGAUCACACAUCGCCAUUCCUGAACCUAUUCGUUAUCACUGCUUCCAUUUUAGCCCGAUUCGAAAGUCGCAACGCUAAAACAAACAUCCGACCAAAUUUCCUCGACGAGCCGGAAGAAUCCUGUGCUGAAUUAAAAUAUGAGAGAUGGGUUGGUGACGUCACUUGUGAAACGCAGCUGUGGUUACAC